GCUCAAAGUGCGAUGCGUUCAGCUCUCUGGUUGUUCCCGGUCUUCUAUUUGGCUCAAGGCUACGUGUUCGACUGUCUUGAUGAUUGUGAAUGUGAUACUGUCGAUGAGGUGAUCCAUUGUCACAACGGGGACCGUACAAAACUUAAGCUACCGGCCAGCUCUCGACUCCGUGGAUUUCCAGUCAUCGGGCUCACCUAUAACAAAAUCGAGAGACUUCCCGAUGAGGAGACACUUCUUGCGAAAUUCCCGGAUUUGAAGAUCAUUGACGUCGAGCGCAACCCGGAUUUCGAUUGCACCACUGUCAAUGACUACGAGCACAUCAAAAUCGUGUCCGACUGCUUCAAGAACAUCACCGAAAUCAGCAAAGUACCAAAAUUGUUCCGCCCGACGAGAGAAUGUGAUGUGGCUUGCCAGGCCUCAAAACAUUACGCCAAGCUCCACGAAUACGUGCUCUCACUUUGGGAGAUCCUCAAGGACAAGUACGAGAACUUUGAUCUUGAUACCACCCUCCGAGACAUCCAGGACUUUUUCACAUUGGUCGUGAAAAAGAUCAACAACGUCGGACAGGAUAUCAAUAACCGUCUGGAAUCCGCAAAGACUGCUAGAAACCACCCGAAACAGGUCACCCCAAUGCCAGAUCUUACCGAGGUUCAGAUUCAGGGAGAGGAGACUGAUGUUUAACCUUUUUUUUUGUAAAUUAAUGUGGUAUGACCAAUAAAGACUAGAUAUU